AUGGAUACCUAUUUUGAGAGUGAAUAUGUGCCAGAGGAUCAAAAUGUCAAAGUGGCAAAGACAUAUUUGAAAGAACAUGCUCUCGUAUGGUGGGAUUAUGAACAAGCAGAAAGAAGGAAGAAAGGCAAUGCCAAGAUCAUAUCUUGGGACAUGAUGGUUGGAAAACCUAAAGCAAAUGAUCUAGCAUUCAAUGCUGGCAAAAGCUUAUGGUUACUCGGUUGGUUGAGUGCUAUUAACGAUAAUAAAAAUUCACUGUUCUUAACAAUUUGUCCCAAAGACUUUUUGGUUCAUCAUGCUAUUGCUCUAGGUUUGCAUACAACUACAUUGAUUUUAGUAAAAGGUGCUUUAGAUGCGCGCGGUUCUAAGCUAAUGCCUGAUAAGAAAGAUUUUGGUUAUAGUUUUCCUUGUGAUAGUCCGGGACGGGGCGGUACUUGUGAUAUUUCGGCCUGGGAUGAUUUUUAUUUAGCAGUUUUCUGGAUGUUGAAUACCUUUGGAUGGGUUACUUUCUAUUGGCAUUGGAAGCAUAUUACCUUAUGGCAGGGAAAUGUAACUCAAUUUAAUGAGUCUUCCACUUAUUUAAUAGGAUGGUUAAGAGAUUAUCUUUGGUUAAAUUAUUCACAACUAAUUAGUGGAUACAAUCCUUUUGGUAUGAAUAGUUUAUCUGUAUGGGCAUGGAUGUUCUUAUUUGGGCAUCUUGUUUGGGCUAUUGGAUUUAUGUUUCUUAUUUCUUGGUAUGGCUAUUUGCAAGAACUGAUUGAAACUCUUGCAUGGGCUCAUGAACGCACACCUUUGGCUAAUUUAGUUCGAUGGAGGGAUAAGCUAGUAGCUCUUUCCAUUGUUCAAGCAUGA